CUCAGACACGGGGCGGGGUGGCAGGACGAGGGCGCUGCCGAAGCAGCCGACGCCCCAGCGAAGGCCGCCCCCCCCUCGCCCCGCCCCCUUUCCGCGCUCCACCGGCCUCGGCAUCCCCAGGCAUGCAGCAGCAGCGGCCCGCGUCCUCGAGCUCGGCGCUCCCCGUCAGGAUCAGGUCGGCCCUGCGCGCCCCGCUGGCCGUCUCGCGCGGGGGCUCAACGUCCCGCUCGGCAAGCCACCGCUCCGCCGCCUCCGCCAGCGACCAGGAGCAGAGCAGACCUCCCUCGGUGAGCCCCGACGGCAGGGCGAGCGCGAGCGCCAGCAAGUCGUCCAUCGGCAGCAACUGGAGCCACGCGAGGAAGGUGAAGGGCGCCCUCCGGAUGUUCUCCAAGGACCGCCUGGACGGGGCGCGGCGCAUCGGCGCGGAGGAGCCCUCUGGCCCGGACGGCGCGCAGCGGCGGAGCGGGGCGCGGUCGAGCACACCCGGGCUGCUGAAGAGGCAGAGCGGCAGGUCGUCAUCGCCGACUGCGGCCCUGGCGGCGGCCGCGAUCAGAGGGGGCGCGGCCCCGAGCAGGGGGAGGCCGGCGUCGUCGCCGGAGGGCGAGGUGGUGGCGCAUGUAGGCAGCGGCGGGAUGACCGGCGAGUCGCUGGCCGCGAAGAGGUUGUUGGAGAGAUUGCCUCAGGACGGCCAGGGCUGGAUGCUGCCCACCCCAGAGCACCGGCUGCCGAGCGGUCCCCAGGAUGUCGCGUGGAAGCCGAUCAUUGUGCGGUACCUUCAUCUCGCCAUCGACAGAGCCUGCGAGAGCAUCGAGGGGAAGGAUGCCAGCGCCCAGGGCGGCUCGAGGAAGCUGGCCAGGUCGACGAGCACGCUGGCGCGGUCGGCCCUGGCGCUGGCGGCCCUGCAGGCAGCCAGGAGCGCGGUGCAGAACAGCAGCAACCUCCCUGAGCUGUGCGGCCUGGUGAGCGCGCACACUUUCGCCAUCAACACCGCGCGGCUCGGCACCUUGCUGGACCCGCAGAUCCCCGUCGGCGUUCGCAAGGUGUUGCUGCGCGGCAUCCUGCAGGCCAUGCAGCUGUGCUGGGACAGGAUCUACGAGAUGCUCAUGGCGAGGUGCAAGUGUUUCCAUAGGGCCUUCCGGUGGCUCGACGCUGACGGCAGCGGCUACAUGAAGAUUGACGAGUUCGUGCGGGCGUUCACCGAGCUGAACAUGAGUCACAUGAGCCUGAGCGCCCCAGAGGACGGGGAGAAGGAAGGGCAGGUCAUGUCCAAGGACCUCUUCCUCACGGCGCUGCGCGUGGACGCCGAGUUCCUGUUCCAGGCGCUCCAGACCGAGCAGUCGGGGCUGUCCCUGUCGGAGUGUCGCAACGUGCAGGUGACCAAACCGCAGCUGAUCAUGAGGAUCAUGAGCGUAUCCGGGCGCUCACUGCAGAAGAUUCGCAACGGGGUGCUGAAUAAGUGGCCGGACUAUCUGCACAGCGCCGUGGAGGAGUUCGGCGUGCAGAAGAGGGGCGAGCUGAAUUGGGCCGAGUUCGAGUCGUUGUGCCAGGGGAUGACCAGGAUGAGAGGCAGGGGCAGCAGCAGCCAGAGGCUGCAAGGCGAGCAGUUCACGCCCAAAGACAGGCUGCCGCAGCUGUUCCAGGGGGCGGACCUGUGGGGGAAAGGCUCUGUGAGCGUGCAGGAGCUGGAGCAGGUCCUGGGCCAAGCCGUCCCCAUGGUGCCCUUCAGCACCCUGCGCAAGAGGAUGCUGCUCAGGCACGGCGCCUUCGAGCCUUUCUUCCAGAAGUUCCCUUCCGGAUUCCAGGCGGAGGACGAGGUCACCCAAUUCUCCCACACGUACGACCUCAACCCUGUGCGCCAGGGCUGGUCCUUCGCUCGGGACAUGGGGCUCCUCAGCAGGGCGUUGCAGGGCGGCAUGAAGCAUCAGAUCGGAGACGGCAACGAUGGUAGGCAUUCCGUCAGGAAGAUGGUGACGAUGGCGACGGCGGGCAUGCCAGACGAAGGGUAUUCGGUCGAGGAGUUUGCGAUCGCCGUCUUCAUCUGCAAGCAGGACAGGGCCAGUCCCGAAGAUCUGGCCAAGGAGCUGAGCAAGGCGGAGCGCGAGAGGCACGUCUCGUUCCACGAUUUUUCCGAACACAUUGUCAACAUCGACCAGAGAAGCUACGUCAUGAUGAAGAGGAAGUCGACGACCGACUCACAACCCAAGCGGACGAGGGAUGCAGGAAAGAUGAACCGCAAGGACCUCGCGAUGCAGGUGAUGCAGUCGCGCAAGUCGCGCACGACUGUGAUCCACGUGACGCCGAGCCUGUGCUCGAAGACGCAGCUGAGGACUGUCUACGAGGCCCUGGAGAGGGAGCACAAGCGGGUCUCGGUGGACGCCGUGCUCCGGUCCAUGCGGAACGUGUCCGACUGCAUCGCGCUGGACAAGUGCACCUACCAGGCCGGUGAGCGCAUCGCCUGCCGGAUCCGGCUGUCGUCCGACCUGCAGAAGCAGUGCAGUUUGUACCCUUUCCUGGCCGUGGUGCCCCGCCACCUGGAGACGAUGGAGGACAACAUCGGCAGGACCUUCUGGGUCCUCGACGGCAAGCUGGUCACGAGGUUCUCGGAGUUCUCGGAGUCCUACCAGCAGCUGCCCGUCUCGCCGCACGGGCACGGGGUGCUCCCGGAGGCGUUCAUGUGGAUCACGGCCCCGUUCGUGUCCUCCAACGUCGUCUCCUACGAGAUCCGCAUCUUCGCGUCGAGGAGGGCGGACGGCAGCGAGGCCCUGCGGCAGGUGGGCCAGGCCGUGCCGAUCGAGGUGCUGCUGCCCCGGCCCAGCCCGCCCCUCGUGGAGCUGGCCACGCUGCAGAACGAGGACGAGGGCUUCGCGGAGCUGCACUGGUCCGCGCCCCACGGCAGCUUCGACAACCAUCCCAUAGUCGGCUUCGUACUGCAGGUGGAGCCCGUGGUGUUCCGGAGGGAGAUCCCCGUGAACCUGCGCUGGGGCAUCGACGGCUGCAACGACGACUCUUCCGACUCGGGGAUGUCCGGGCGCACCGUGGACGAGGACGAGGACGCCGCCGACGAGGGCGCGGCCCUGAAGGAGGUGGUCGUCUGGUCGCCGGACGAGUUCGACUUCUCGAAGCGUCUGAGGGCCCGCGUGGACGGCCUGAAGCGUGGCACGGAGUACCGUUUCGGAGUCCAGUGCCUGCACGCGUGCCCGCUGGUGGACGGCCCUCAGGUGGAUCCUUUCGCCCCCUGCGCCGAGGUGCGCGGCGCGCCCAGCGAGCUCUCCGGGGUCGUGUCGAUGCCCCUGGCGAUGGUGCUGCAGCAGCCCGGGAACGUGCGCGGCGAGUGGAGCAAACACAUGGACGCGGUCAGGCUAAGGUGGCAGCUAGUCUUCAAUCAGAACACCGUCGACAAUGUCAAGUUCUGCAGGCACAAGCUCGAGUACCGCCAUGUCACGAUCAUCAGAUCACGAGGCUCCGCCGGCGAGGACGGGUCGGACUCGGACGAGACGAGCGACAGCGAGGACGACCAGAACCAGCACACCGAAGACAGGCGGAGCCACUCGGAUUGGCAGCCGAUCGACCAGGCCUCGAGCCCGGUGUUCACCACCGCUCCCAUCGAGGACAAUUACGGGUGCUACGAGGUAUGCUGCACGGUGGAGGAUGUGGCCAAGCUGCGGGACGUGUAUCCCGGACAGCGGUACCAGUUCCGGGUCUGCGUGGUGAAUAUGGCCGGGGAGUCGGAGUGGAGCCAGCCCUCGCGGUCCAUCAAGGUGGACGUCGGCGCCAACCGAGACCGCAGCAGCAUACCGCGGGCGAUGCUCUCGCGUCUGGAGGUGAAGGAGUCGCAGGGCACCUACACGCCUCUCCGCGGACUCCAGCCGCGGACGCACUGCCACCUGCGGUGGCGGAUUUCGAAAGAGAUGGCGGACUCCAGCCCGCGGUACAUGUUCCAGGUUACGGACCUUGGCGACACCGCGUGGUACUGGACCAAGGUCCAGGGAUACAUCCUGCACGAGCAGUCGCGCCACAAGAGCCAGCGCAUGACCGCCGCCUACUCCCACGACUUCGUCCAGGUGGAGGCGCUCGUGACCGGCCUGGAGAUCUUCCCCCCCAACGCGAGGCUCUCGCUGCAGGUGGUCGCCAGCACGGACCGCGGCAGCUGCACCGAGGAGGUGGAGGUCCCCCCCACGGACCCCGAGCCCGCCGCGCCGCCCGGCGCGCCGGAGGUGGUGCAGGCGCUGCUGCAGGAGGACCACACGGCCAUGGUGGAGCUCCAGUGGUCCCGGCGCGGCUCGAGCAGCGGGUCCGAGGAGCCGACCAUCCCGACGGGCUACGCCGUGCAGGCCGCCCACUGCCUCAAGGGCCACGCCGGCGACGACCGCCACUGGAGCGCCUUCGGCACCCUCGGCUCUGGUGUGCACAUGUCCUCGUCGGAGCGCGCCGAGGCCCCUGUGUCCUGCAUCCUGAAGGGCCUGGAGCCCGGGAGCGUGCUGCGUUUCCGGGUGUGUGCGCUCGCCCCGGACGGCCGCCUCGGGUCGCCCUCCGAGGCGAGCGCGCCCCUGAGCCUGGACGAGAGCCUGCCUGCCCUCGCGGCCCCCCACGCACGGCGGCUGUCGCCCUGGCCCGCGCGCGCCCUUACGCCGAGCAGGUCGCGGAACCAGUCGACCUUGGACGUCCCGACCCACGCGGCCCCGCACGUCCGCAGGCCGCGGGACCUGCAGAUCCAGCUCGCCGGGGAGAGCUGGUGCGAGCUGGCCUUCGAGCUACGGAUGCCCACGGGCCACAUUGCGCCCUCCGCCUUCGAGGUUCAGGAGUGCCGCCGCGAAGAGGGCGCCGCGGAGGGGGAGCACCUGGCCGUCGAGAACUGGCAGCCCGUGAGGACCGUGUACACGACCCUGGGGGAGAGGCAGCCCGUGACCGAGGAGGAGGACGGUCAGCAGGUCCGGGCUGCCGUGUUCUUCCACGAGGAGAUGGCCCGGGAGUGCAGCACGCCUUGGGGGCCGUGCUGGCGGCUGCGGGUGCGCCCCGUCGGCAGCCUGGAGUGGUCGGCCCCGUCGCCCUGGCGGCGGCCGGAGGGCCUAGCGCCCCCGCAGCAGCCGGGAGCCCCCGAGCUGGUGGCGAGCGCCCUGCAGUACCACUCCGUAGAGUGGGCGGAGGCGCCAGGCGACGAGACCUCGCCGAGGGGCGCCAGGCA